AUGCCACCCAAAGUUGUAUACGGAAAGUGGAGGAACGGCGAGCGCACGGCCUUUACGAAAUUCUUAUCGCCUGAGAGAGAAGCCACACAAAAGGGAGUAGAAGGUCAAAAUGCGGCCAGCAGCGCGGAAGGCGAUUGGCGGGAACAGCUCCUGGCAGCAGCAGCAGCAGCAGCAGCAGAGCCAGAGGAAAGCGAGAAGCAACUACAAAACAAUGUUUCGGUGCUUCAGCAAGGGUUGGAGGGUUUGCACAUAGAGCAGAGACGGGAUGCGAAAGAGAAGGACAGCGCAAAGAAAACAAUCAAGGCACAGAAAGUCAAGCCGAGCCGAGAUGUUGAUGUUAUUAAGGAGAACAUUUCACCAGUAGAAGAUGGGUUGGAGCAGAGUAUGCAGGCUCUGACGAUUGAUGCUGCAGGGGACGAGGGCCGGGAUGUGUCGCAGAAGUCGCAGAGACCGAGAAAGGUGCUCAGCGAUCGGAAUAUCAAUGCUGAGACUCAGCUAGAUGGCUCGGUGGUAACCGUUGCGAAGCAGAAGAAGCAGAAGAAACGGGUCGUACCAUCAAGCGUAGCCAGCCCAAAAUCCAAAUCACCGCAACGAAGACAACAACUACCUACGCCUGAACCGACGCCCGAGCCCGACGAUCUCUAUUCGACUUACGCCUCUCUAUUGCUCGCUCUCAGUGAUAGGAAGAAGAUUGUUGCGUUCCAGGACUGGGCGGAUCAACUCGAACCUCACUUUGAGGUUUCCAAGAUUGCAGAAGCUUCCUUUUCAGAAGUGUACCGCCUAUCGUCAAUAUCAUCAACAAACGGCGUCAAGGAGGAGUCGGUGCUCAAAGUAGUGGCACUCAAAACCCCACCAACGGUCCCUCUACCAUGUCAGCUCCACGGCCGAGCAGUACGAGACCUACAAGGGCAGAUUGAAAAGGAAACGGCACAACGAGAGGAAGAUGAUCAGUGGAAAUCACAGGUCGAAGAUGUCUUAUCAGAAGUCAAUCUUUUGCAGAAUCUCACGCACAUUCCUGGUUUCACAGUCUUCCGUGACCUUACUCUUGUCCAGGGACGGCCAUCGGCUUCGUUUAAUGACGCGUGGAAAGAGUGGAACAAAGCGCGCCCACGCGGCAAAAAGAGCGAGUUUCCUGACCCCAGCAAAAAAAGCAGCUAUGACGAGUAUCAACUCUGGGCUGUUGUCGAGAUGCAGGACGCAGGUACAGACUGCGAAAAGCUCAUGGAGUCUGGUGGCCUGGCCUCCAUCUGGGAAGUCUGGGACGUGUUCUGGGGUGUAGCCAUCAGCAUCGGCAAAGCAGAAGAAGCGUGUCGCUUUGAGCACCGCGAUCUCCACCUGGGCAACAUCUGCGUGCGCUCCUCACGAGCAGGCGCUGACGUCCUAGAGCCCUGCAUCAAAGACCCUCUACGCCGCAAACUGCGCUUUACGGGCCUCGACACGACAGUCAUCGACUACACGCUCUCCCGCGCGGACAUGGUCGCUGCGCCGCCAUCCCGUAGACUCUCAAGUCUCUCACACAUAUCUAGCUCCACAGCAUCCAGCAUAGCGCAAGACGCCGCCGACGUCGCAUACAUGGAUCUUGACAAGGACCCCGCCAUCUUCGAGGGCGACGCAACCGAAGAGUACCAAUACGAUAUAUACCGCUACAUGCGCGGCAUCGCGCUCUCAGGCAACCCGCUGCAAUUCCAGCAUCCACUCGACGACAGCGAUCAGGCGCCCGAACAGCAGCAACAAAGCACGCACAUGCCACAUGCAAAUAACACACACAUCCGUUUCGACGAAGACGACGACACCGCAACGACAACAACAACAGAACCCCCUCACACCCCCUGGCGCGCCUUCCACCCCAAAUCAAACCUCAUCUGGCUCCACUUUCUCCUUCAUAAACUCCUCAAACACCUCUCGUCGCUCUCGCGCCCACCCCAUCACCACUGCAUCACCGCCGCGCGCCUCGUCUUCAAAGAAGACGCCGACCAACAGGAUACCGACAAAGUCCCCCGCAAAGCAGCCAAACUGUUCAAAGUUCUUACUCGCGUUGCAGAGCUCCUGUGUCCUGUUGCGCUGGGCCGUGAGAAUGCGUUGGGUAGUGUGAAGGAGUUGGUUGUAUUGGCGUUGGAGGAGCGGUGGGUGCGGGUAGGGGAUGUAGCGGGGUGA